GCUAUUUAAGACAGAUUAUUACUUACAGGCCGAAAUUAUAACUCUUUCCCCAUUUUAUGUAAAUAUCACAAAAAGAUGAUUUUGUUUAUCUUGUUUCUUUGUUUCGUUUCAAAGAAUGUUAAUGGGGAAGAUUUAAAGGAAAUGAAAAAUCUGCAGUCAAUUUUAAAAGAGUUGGAAACGAUGAAAACAAUGCACAAAGAGAUCGAUUAUUUAAAAGAACGUACGCUGGCAUUGGAAAAGCAGAAUAAACAGCUUAACCAAAAAAUUGAAAAGCUGGAAAUUUGGUGUGCUGCGAAAACUGAAAAGGAUGACGUGAUAACAUUAAAUUCCGGAACGCCGGUAAAUACAACGAAUACUCACAACAAUGCUUUUAAACCAUCACCUGAAUCAACCAAAGAAAUUUCUCGUCGGCAAACUCGUAACAAAAGCAAAACCAGCUACUUAGGGCAGCGUGCAUUAGCACGGCGGUCUCUUACACCUCAUGUAGCUUUUACAGUCGGAGUAUCGGUUGAUAAUCUUCAUAAUUUAGGUGAUCAUCAAACAAUCAUAUUCGAUCGUGUUAUCACAAAUAUUGGCAAUGCUUACCAAAAAUAUACUGGAAUUUUCACUGUCCCAGUUAAGGGUGCUUAUGUUAUAACAUUAACAAUGACAGUGGAACCCGAAAAAGUUCAAUGGCUGGAUUUAGUGGUUGACGGUGUAACCAUAAACUUCAUAACUGCCGGAAUUGGAAGCACUAACAAUUACGCUUCUUCAACGAAACAAUGGAUCCUUGACCUAACAACUGGAUCAGAAGUGUGGGUUAGGAAGGCUGGUCCGAUAUAUUACAAGGACCUCCACGGAAGUAUGAAUACUAUUAUGUCCGGUUUUCUCCUAUUUCAAAUAUAACAGUUUUCUUUAGUACAUGUAAAGUGAUGAAAUUGUAACUUCAUUUUUAAACAAGUAAAGGAAAGUGUAUCAUUUUUCUUAAUAUGUCGAUCUGUU